UAGACAGAAUGGUGCUGUACUACGGAUACAGAGAAUACAGAGAGGCAGUGCUGGUACCUACACGUGUACAGCACAAAACAGUUACAUCAUUGGAGGCACGGGAUCAAACAGUCAGUCUAUGACCAUCAAUGUGUUGUAUCCUCCAACUGUGUUCAGUUUGACAGAUAAAGACAUUAUAGAAGGAGAUGACCUAUCUGUCACGUGUUCUGUCACCAAUGGAAAUCCUUCCCAAACCACUAUCUACUGGACUAAGACAGGUGACUCUGGAUUUAGAGAGAAUGGUGCUGUACUGCGGAUACAGAGAAUACAGAGAAACAUGGCUGGUACCUACACGUGUACAGCACAAAACAGUUACAGCAUUGGAGGCACGGGAUCACACAGUCAGUCUAUGACUGUCAAUGUGUUGUAUCCUCCAACUGUGUCCAGUUUGACAAAUAAAGACGUUAUAGAAGGAGAUGACCUAUCUGUCACGUGUUCUGUCACCAGUGGAAAUCCUACCCAAACCACUGUCUACUGGACCAAGACAGGUGACUCUGGAUUUAGACAGAAUGGUGCUGAACUACGGAUACAGAGAAUACAGAGAGGCAGUGCUGGUACCUACACGUGUACAGCACAAAACAGUUACAGCAUUGGAGGCACAGGGUCAAACAGUCAGUCUAUGACCAUCAAUGUUCUCUAUCCCCCGACUGUGUCCAGUUUGACAAAUAAAGACAUUAUAGAAGGAGAUGACCUAUCUGUCACGUGUUCUGUCACCAAUGGAAAUCCUUCCCAAACCACUAUCUACUGGACUAAGACAGGUGACUCUGGAUUUAGACAGAAUGGUGCUGUACUACGGAUACAGAGAAUACAGAGAAACAGUGCUGGUACCUACACGUGUACAGCACAAAACAGUUACAGUAUUGGAGCCACGGGAUCAAGCAGUCAGUCCAUGACUGUCAAUGUGCUCU